AAGAGAAAAUCACAGCUAGCUACCCAUUGAACAAAACAGAGAGAGAAGGAGACGAUGGUUACUCCUGCUCUGUAAAAAUGCGAUAGACCAUCACAUUUACAUGAACAUCAUAUCGUAUCAUAUCAAUUAUCAUCAAUAAUAAGUCUUGAUGAAAUGAACUACUCACCCUCAAAUUCCAAAUGGGUCAGACCAAUCACGGCCGCCAUCGAUCAGGACCGUUCAUCUCACAAAUUCCACAUCAUGCAUGUCGAUCAAAUCCCCUGUUUGCAGAACAGUUCACCUACUAAAAAAACCCACAUAUGAUUUUGUUAAAUAUAUAUCUGUGUUUGUAUGUGUGUCCAUAUAUUAUAUAUGACCCAUUUGCAGAACCUUCCAAAAGCGCAACCGUUUCAGUCACAGAAUUCUCCAAAAGUCAAUGCAGAAGUGGAAUUAAUGCACUUUGCCGGAUUGCCCUGCAUCUCUCUAAUAAAACAGAUUUGCUUUCUCUCUUCAUCUGCUCCACUCUCUUCUUCCCUUUCCAUUAUCCCUUCUCCUUCAAGUCUGCUUCAUAUGCACAGUUCACUUCCCUGAUCAGCUUAGAAGUAGUUCUAAUGGAGGAAUUAAAUGGUAAUUGGUUCGAUGGGUCGACAUCGGACGACGAGCUCGUCCGGGAGCUCGUCGACAACAUGUCUCCCUUCUUUGUGUUGCCUCCGGCAGAACUCGAGCCCGAAAUGAGUCCUGCUAGUCAAGCAGCUAUCAACCAGGUUGUCUCCACCAUCUACUCCGGGCCAACCAUUGGAGAUAUUGAGAAUGCUCUGUACGUGACCAACAGCAAAAGCCCAUUUCCAGAGAUUCCGGAAUCCAGAUUUCCAAUACUGGAGAGGAAUUUGAACAAGGUCGAGAACAAGUAUACUCUGAAAAUGAAGAGCUGGGGGAGUGGGAUGGCCGACGAUGGCUACAAAUGGAGGAAGUAUGGGCAGAAGUACAUCAAGAACAGCCGAAAUCCUAGGAGCUAUUACAGAUGCACAAAUCGAAGGUGCAGUGCAAAGAAGCAGGUGGAGAGAUCGAGUGAAGACCCAGACGCUCUCAUUGUCACAUAUGAAGGCCUCCACCUCCACUUCGCUUACCCAUGCUUCCCCCCCACUGACAAUCCGCCGCCCAAGCGCCCCAAAAGGACUGCCUCCCCACCCCAUGACAGCCCACAGAACGCCGCCCACAGCCCGGUGACGAGCACAUUGGCGGACUCUGCCCAAGAGGGGAUGAGCUCGCAAGGGUUGCUCGAAGAUGUGGUGCCUCUGGUGAUCAGGUGCCCAUCAAAUAAUAACACUUGCUCCAAUUCCUCAUCUUCAUGGUGUCCUUCGCCCCUCACUUCACCUUCUUCCCUCUCCUGGUCUCCUAACUAUUCCCCUUCACAUUUUGAUAUUGGUAUUAGGUGAAUAUAUUUUUAUAUAUAUAUAAAUAUAUCCAAUGGGCUAACUUCCAAUAACUAUUAAGCUGAGUUUGCUUCAUGUGAAUUAUAUACAAUGUCGUGUAAUAAUUAAAGAUCCUAAUUGUUUCAUAAUGGUUAGUUGAAUCAAUUGUUAUUUGAUUU